AUGCCUCUGACGCUUCAUCACCUGGGCCUCUCCCAAUCCGAGCGCAUCAUCUGGCUCGCUGAAGAACUCGGCGUCGACUACAGAUAUGUUUUUCACAAGCGCGACCCCAUCUUUGCCCCGCAGUCACUCAAGGACCUCCAUCCCGCCGGCACAGCCCCGGUAAUGGAGGAUGACCCAUCCCCCAUUACCAACUCCAAGAUCGUGCUGGCUGAAUCAGGGGCCAUCAUUGACUACAUCAUCGCCGUCCAUGGGAAUGGGCGUCUGGCACUCACGCCAAAGGACGGUGCCGACUACCCUCAAUUCCUGGAAUGGUAUCAUUUUGCCAAUGGGAGUCUCCAGCCAACUCUAUUCCGAGUCAUGAUGGCUCGAGGUUCAGACCCGAACUCUCCGGUUGUCGCGCGCACAUUGGACAAGUGGCUCCAGCAUCUCGCUAUGCUUGAUGCCCGGUUAGCUGAGACGGGGGCCUACCUUGCCGGAAAAAAUCUCACAGCUGCAGAUAUCAUAAUCUUUUUCACCUUGACGACUAUGCGGGGCUUUUGUCCGGUGGAUUAUGAUACGGAUAAGCAUAGGCAUCUCCUCGCUUACUUGAAGCGUGUUUCUGAGCGCCCGGCGUACCAGAAGGCGAUGAAGAUUUGUGAAGGCGAUGAUUUCAAGCCGUUGCUGGGCCCCAAGGCUGAGCCAUGGGCUAUUAUGAAGAAGCUGUAA